AUGGGAAUACGGUCUCUGGUCAGUUUUGGGCUCAUAGCGGUACCUAUCGGCGCAACCUUGGGAGUUUUGAUCGGCCUUGAUGCGCAUCGGUCGGCGACAGGUCAACAACCUCUAUUUCAGGACAAUAGUGUCAGUAUAGACACAUACUGUCAGAAGGCAUAUGGUAUCACCCCAAGGUCACUCGGCCAACAGUAUACAUUGAAUCCUAAUCAAUGGGGUUGGGAUGGUCAACAAGGCGGUCUCUGCAUGAAUAUAACACAACACAAUAACUACACUUACGCCACGCCUUUAACCGCGCCAAAAUUCAGCGUCACAUGGCAAUAUCCACAAGGUCCAAUAACGCAGCCUGUACAUGCCUUUCCUAACAUCAAGAUCGAUGGACAAGGCUCGAUCUUUCCGGCGUCGAUAAGCACCAUUGCAAACAUCCCUGUAGAUGUUGAAUGGACUUAUGGCCUCGGCGAGGAGCCCGCCAAUAUUACCGAUGUUGCAGGAAUGACUGCAGCAAAUGUCAACACUAACGUCGCCAUAGACAUGUUCUUGGAUGAUGAUAUGAACAGCGCACAGUCAACAACUCAAGCCAAAUACGAAAUCAUGGUGUGGCUUUGCACCAUUGGUGCCUCCACGGAACCUAUUGGUCUGGCUUUAGGAGCAGUAUCUUCUCAAGUUAUUAACGGGACCACGUUCAACCUCUAUUCUGGAACCAACAGUAUUGGUCAAUACGUUCUGACAUGGGUUGCCAGCCAGUAUGUUGAGAAUUUUGUCGGCGAUAUUGCACCACUCAUUACCUCGAUACCCCAGAUUGGUCGCGCCGAGUUCCCAAGCACAAGCACCUAUCUUGGAUACAUGGGUCUCGGAAGUGAAGCACUCUGGACCCCAGAAACCGUGACUUUCGACGUCAGCUACCUGAGCAUAGACAUUCAGCACCAGUAG